CAAAGCUGUAGGGUUAGCAGUACUGUGUUGUUUGUGGACGCCCUAGGAGCGUGCCCAUAGGCCCUACACGCUUGGCAAGAUGCUGAAGCGCGCGGCCAAGCUUCUGCCCUUCGCACGGGGCCAGCUCUGCGAGGGUGCUGAGCUUCAGCUUGCUGCUGUCCGUAGCCUUAACUUCUACACCGCGCCAAAUGGCCCAUCUGUGAAGCAAGUGAACAUUGAGGACGAGUGGUACAACCGGCAACGAAACCUCUUUCCUCUGCUGGAGAAGCAGCCCUACUACCCUGUGGAUGUCUUUGUCGCGCCAAAUGCGGUGGUCUGCGGCGAUGUGGACAUCUACGGAGGGGCGUCAGUUUUCUUCGGCGCGGUGCUCCGUGGAGACCUGAACAAAAUUCGCUUGGGCAACCGGUCGGCGGUGUUGGACCGUGCCGUUAUCCAUGCUGCAAGGGCCGUGCCGACGGGUCUGAACGCUGCUACGUUGAUUGGCGAGAAGGUGACCGUGGAGCCCUACGCCGUUCUGCGCUCAUGCCGCGUUGAGCCUAAGUGCAUUGUGGGCGCACGCUCGGUCCUCUGCGAGGGCUCCGUGAUGGAGGCUGAGUCCAUCCUGGCGCCCAACUCGGUUGUGCCGCCCGCCCGGCGCAUUCCCUCGGGCGAGCUGUGGGGCGGUAACCCGGCUAAGUUCAUCCGCAAGCUCACAGCGCACGAGCGUGACCGCGUGCUGGACGACGUGGCGAACCACUACUACAACCUGGCGGCCAUGUUCCGCCGCGAGCAGUACGACCACGGCACUGCCUGGCGUGACGUGGAGGCCUGGCGCCAGAAGCUGGUGGACCAGGGCGAGUACCAGUGGAUCAACUUCCGGGAGCAGAAGUACCUGAUGCGCCUGCAGCACGAGGCGGAGGCCAUGGAGAAGCUGGCGAACUAAGCAGCCAGCCGUGGCGGGGAGUAUUUGUGGGGCAGGAGCCAGCAGCAGCGUGGUAGCAUGCAUGUAGCGCGCGCACGCGAGUGGGAGGUGCUACGGUGAGGUGCAGUGGGUUUGCGUAAGCAAGCAAGCGUGCGUCCAGACAAGGUUAGGACAUGGGUGCUGGCGGCCCGGAAGUGUGCGGGUGGCUUCUUGGCAGGCCUCCGCGCGUCGAGGGGUAACGCUGCAUAUGGGUCACAGUAGCGGCGGAUGUUGGAUUUGGCAAAAUGGUGUAGGCGCGGUGGCAGCUGGGAGGGCUACUCCGCUGGCGAGUAGUCUUGCUUUGCCAUGCAAUGCCACGCCCAAGUUUGCUAUGGCCACGUGAAGGGAGGGGUUAGCCAAGGAGCUUGAGGACUCCGCUGGGCAGCAGUAGGUGCGUGGGGGCGGAAGAGGAACGCGCAUAACGGCUUACAGUGUUUGUAUGUAAAGCGGAUACGCUCCGUUGUCCUGUCACGUAGCUACAUUCCAAGUCAUUACCGAGAUGGCUUGGAUUGCCCUGAGCGUCGGAGUCAUAUAAAUACAUGAAGGGUUGUGCUGUACGCUAUUCACACAGGUUUUUGUAAACAAUUAUGUCU